AUGGAGUUGAAAUCGCCGAAGGCGAAGAAAAAGUUGCCGAAAUUAUUAUCUUGGAAGAAAAUGUUUCGCACACCAUUCCUGUUACUGCUCCUUAUUGGUACAUCCACCUGUGACAAUAGUGACACAAGUGAUAACAGUGAUAUAUCGCUCAGUUUUGACAAUUCUCUAUCGAACAGUUCAGUUUUAAAUAACAACCGUUUUAGGCUGAGGCAUUAUCAUAUUCAGCCUAAUGAAAGUCUAGAUGAGAAACAAGUGCUCAGUGAUAUAAAAUACUUAAGGCGUCAUUUAAAUAGGGAAAUAAUUAACUUUGUGAUGACUGACGUACUCGUAGAUGGUGAGGUGGAGAAUCGCGUUCACUACAAUGGUAUUACUGCAAAGGAGACAUCUGUUGGUAUUGACGGGGGCGGAAUCAAACUUCGUCAGCUGACGGACGGCCGCCAUCUUAUUCAAGUGAUAUACACAUCAAAUGGCGUCAUCCAAGACUGCGAGUAUCUCGCGGAUGGGAAGACCACAAGAAAUUUUCUCAAAACAUUAAGAAAAGAAUUAAAAUUAGCAUUAGAUGAGCAGACAUAUAAAAUCUUAGAAAAAGACACGGACAUCGAGGAUGAAAGAUUUUACCGCCAUUUUGGAAACAUGACACUAAGAUUAUUAAAAGAAAACGAACAAUUGCCCCCAGAUAUAGCUGAAUGGUUGAACUACGACAGAUUAAAAAUCGAGUGCUUGGAGAGGCAUGAAGAGUUGAGGUAUAUAAUGGCGAAUAAAAAUAAAGUAGGAGAACAAACUCUUAUAAGGUCUAGAAGAUCGUUCAGGGAGAAUCUCAUAAUGCCGGGGACGAAAUGGUGCGGCGUCGGCCAAUUGGCUGAGAGGUACAGCGAGCUAGGCGACGAUAGAGCUGAAGACAGAUGCUGUAGGGCUCACGACAACUGCCACGUCAACAUUGGAGCCUUCAGAAGGCGCUUCGGCUACUUUAACUUUAGACCGUACACGAUCUCGCACUGUCGUUGCGAUAGGAGAUAUCGUAUUGACCCUACUGGACCAUCUAGUUGGAUUUAG